AUGUACGCCACGCUACUAUCGUUCAUUUCUAUCAUUGGCCUUCUGUCGUACUUCAUCGUCAAGCCACUAUGGGACUAUCUAAGGGAUCCAAAAGGACUCCGUAAAUACCCGUGUAUCAACCCUCUGGCUGGAUUCACUAAUCUUGGCUUCAUGUGGGAAGCCUACAUGGGUAUCCGGUCUAAGAAACUCUACGAGAUGCAUAAAACUCAUCCAGUCAUUCGCAUCGGCCCCAAUUCUCUCUCCUUUGGAAGUGUGAACGCUAUAAAGGACAUAUAUGGACAUAAUUCAAGAUGCACCAAGGACGUCUUCUAUGAGGCACUCUCUGGCUCGCACUUUCAUCUUGCGGAUGUAAUCGAUAAGAGCGAGCAUGCUCGGAAGAGGAAGAUGAUGUCUAGCGCAUAUGCCCUCAAGAAUCUGGAGGGGUGGGAGUACAAGGUUGCCGAUAAAACCGACCGCUUUAUCAAAGCCUGCGAUGCUCAUUGCACUACGCCUCUUCCUGAGGGCUGUGUUCUCCCGGAGUCGCAAGAUGUCAAAUUUGACUACCGAGCAUACAGUAACUUCUUCACUAUGGAUGCAAUCGCAGAUAUUGGUCUAUCAGAACGAUUGGGUUUCCUAGAUGCCGGUAACGACAAAGUCGUAGGCGAGAAGAUGGAUGGUACAGUCUACCAAGUGGAAUCGUACCGUGCAGGUCUUCACGCUACGGCCAAAGCACAAGCUCUCAUUGUCUGGGCUACCGAAUGGUAUGACUUCAACAGCAAGUACGUUUCGAAGAUCUUCCCAAGUUUCCGGAAAAUGUGGAAGCUCAACGAAGGCUGGAAUGAUCUGGUCUAUCACAGGGCAACAAAACGCCUGGCUCGUUAUCGUGCUGGUGAAAAGCUGGACGACUUCUUCCAGGCACUCAUGGAGGACAAGAACGGCAAUCCAAACAAUCUCGAGUGGGGUGAAGUGAUCGCGGAAGUCAGCAUCAUGCUCAACGCGGGUUCGGAUACCACCGCCCUUGCCAUGAACAACGUUAUGGUCUGGUUGUUGAAGAACCCGGAAUGUCUUUCACGCCUGCGUGAGGAAGUCGAUGCUGUGCUCGAACCUGAAGAGGUUGUUGCUCCGUAUGACAAGGUCAAGCACCUUCCUUACCUUCGGGCCUGUCUAGACGAGUCACUGCGUAUCACGCCAUCGACAACCUUCGGUCUGCCGAGGCGUACUCCUCCAGAGGGCUCAAAGAUCCUCGACGAGUGGGUCGAGGGAAAUACAACAGUAUCUAUCUCGGCAUAUGUCGCACACCGUGAUCCUGUCAUUUUCCCCGAGCCAGAAAAAUUCAAUCCGUCCCGAUGGCUGGGAGAAAAGGGCAAGGAUCUGCAACCGUACUUCAUCAGUUUCAGUGCUGGUUCUCGCGGCUGCAUUGGUCGUAACAUUAGUUAUCUCGAACAGACUGUGCUCCUCGCCAGUGUCGUUCACAGAUAUGACUUUGCUUUGCUUCAUCCCGAGUGGGAGCAGGACAGAUGGGAGACCACAAACUUGAUGGCAGGUCCAUUGCCUUUGAAGGUUUGGAGGAGAGAUCUCAGUAUGGUUAAGGCUUAG